AUGCUCACCUUGCUUCCUCGAACGGUAGCAAACACCCAAAAUUUUACGAAGGAAACUUGUUCAGUGGGAGAAUCAGUAUACGGGUACUAUCCUUCACAACCUGUGAACGUCAUUCUAGUCGCCAUAUUUGCCAUAUCUUUCAUCGCAAACCUUUUCCAGGGAAUAAAAUCCAGAUCCUGGACCUUUACGAUUGCGCUCGGCGUAGGGACUUCAGCGGAAGCAGUCGGGUAUAUCGGUCGGCUCUUGCUGCGGAAUGACCCAUUCAAUAAGGCAUAUAUGGGGAUACAACUUGUCUGUCUUACAGUCGCUCCUGCAUUUAUAGCUGCUGGGAUCUACCUGACAUUGAAGUACCUUGUCAUUGUCCAUGGGGUCGGAUUUUCUCGCCUUCCACCAAAGUGGUAUACAAGGAUCUUCAUCUCCUGCGACAUUGUGUCAAUCAUAGUUCAAACAGCUGGAGCUGGGAUGGCAUCUGGCGGACCAUCUAUGAUCAAAACAGGAAACGAUGUAAUGAUGAUUGGCCUCGCCUUCCAAGUUGUUACGCUCGCUAUUUUCAGAGCAAUGGCAUUGCAUGUCUGGUCUCGUAUUUCAAAAUACAAAGGAGAGUUGUCUCAUUCAACUAAAGCCAUGCGCAACACGAAGCGAUUCAAAGGUCUCAUUGCCUUUAUCAUCGUUGUGUUCACAACCAUCUUGAUCCGAUGCAUCUACCGGGUUGCUGAGAUGGCUGGAGGCUGGGGCAACCGAAUUAUGCAGAACCAAGUCUCUUUCAUCGUCCUCGAUGGUGUCAUGUGUUUUAUUGCCGUUUUGGCUUUGAACGUAUUUCACCCCGGAUUUCUAUUCCAGGAAUCCCAUGGAACUGUUGAGGGGGGAGCGAGGGAUUCCACAGUCGUGCAGAAGGUUUAG